CCCCAAAAAAAAAACUGAAUUAUAAUUUAAAGCCUUUCUUCCGCUUUUCUUCUUUACAUUAUCACAAAUCCUCCUAUAUGUGCUUCGAAUAUCCCUUGCAUCGGCAGACCGUUUUGAUCCGCCACGCUAACCUGUGUUUCUUUUGCGUCGCAAACAGUACACUGCAUUUCAUUUGUUGCAGUGCCAAAAACGUACAAGUUCAUCAUACAAUGGAUCCCGUUAAGACUCUCAUUUCUGGAUGCAGCCGAAUUUGGGAGGCAAGAGAUACACGGACAGACGGAUGGCCAUUAACAGAAUCUCCACUAACGGCAAUCCUGAUUUGCCUGGCUUACCUGUUCGCUGCCAAAAUGUUGGGUCCGAAGCUGAUGGCGAAUCGUCCACCUUACGACUUACGAGGAGCACUGGUGACUUACAAUGCCUUCCAAAUCUUUUUUAAUGGGUGGAUGUUCUACCACAUCUGCUGCGUGACCUGGCUGAAAGGCUACAGUCUGAUUUGCCAGCCAGUGGAUUACUCGAACAAUGAAGAUGCUCUUCAGGCGAUUAGCAUGGGAUACUUUUAUUGCAUAUCCAAACUCCUUGAUUUACUGGAUACGUUGUUCUUUGUGUUACGUAAAAAGGACAAUCACUUAACUUUUCUUCACAUUUAUCAUCACAUCUGUAUGCUGUUGACAGUAUGGAUUGGCUUCCGGUUCAUUUCGGGUGGUCAAAGUGCUUUUCUGCCAACUGUCAACACUUUAAUGAACGUCGGCGUGCACUUUUACUACCUCAUUGCUGCAAUGGGCCCGUCCUUUCGAAAAUACUUGUGGUGGAAAAAGUAUCUAACCGUUUUUCAAAUGUUCGAAUUAGUCUGCAUUGGUUUGCAUGGAUCGCAAUUAUUAUUUGUCGAUUGUGGCUUUCCUUCCGCCAUUGCGUGGUAUUACGUUGCACAGACGUGUAUUUUCUUACUGCUUUUCAAAAACUUUCAUUCAAAAACAUACCCAACAAAUAACAAUUUCCAUUGCAAAAGUAAAUGAAUUAAGAUAUAGGACU